AAGCAAACCAGCAGAUGCAGUAGACGGCUGGCGCCAUGGCCUCAGAUGCAAGUCACAUGUUAGAAGCAGCCUUGGAACAAAUGGAUGAUAUUAUUGCUGGUUCCAAGGCUGCGGUGGGGUUCAGUAACGGGCUGUAUGAUCUGGGCUCUCCUGUGAGCGUCGGGCCCCUGCCGGUUCUCAAGCUGGCUGAGGAGCUGAGAUUGGCACUGGAGCUGCAGGCCGGGGACAAGGACCGCAACUCCCUGCGCUCCCAGCUGCCCUGCACCACCGCACAGGCCCUCAUUGAGUGGCUGGAGAAAGAAUCGGUUAACCUCCAGUGCUCAAGCAACAAUGAGACCUAUCAAGAGCGGCUGGCGAGAUUAGAAGGGGACAAAGAGUCUCUGGUUCUCCAGGGUCAAACCGGGGGACUGUGGUGUCUCUGUGAACGGAGAGGCAUGUGA